UUAGGGGUGCGCCCACGCUCUUCAGCGGAGAAAAUCCCCAACCCGGCCACUGGCCACUUUCUGUGGAGUGUGGGGUCCCCAAGGAGACGGCCCUGGGGCUCAGGUGCUGCGUUUCCCGGGGCUCCCGCGCCCGCUCCUGCCUGGCUGCCGGCCGCUCCGACACCAGCACAAGGCGGGACUCAGAACAGGCAUUCAGCACCGCCAGUGGCCGCGGGGCGCUGAGGGGGGCUCCAAGAACCCCGACAGCCCCGGCGGGUGGGAGGCGGGCGCCCUGGGGUCGGCGGGGCUCCCCCUACCGGCCAGACCCGGGGAGCGGCGCGCGGAGGCUGCGAAGGUUCCGGAAGGGCCAGGAGGGGGCGUCGCGCGCUGACUCUCACAGGGCGCCGCUGGGGACGAUGGCGCUGCUCGCCUUGCUCCUGGUCGUGGCCCUACCGCGGGUGUGGACAGACCUCAACCUGACUGCGAGACAACAAGAUCCGGAGGACACCCCGCAGACGGACGAGGGUGACGAUAGAGUGUGGUGUCACGUUUGUGAGAGAGAAAACACUUUUGAGUGCGAGAACCCGAGGAGGUGCCAGUGGACAGAGCCAUACUGCGUUAUAGCGGCCGUGACGACCCCUAGACCCGCAUUCCCAGUGCAUGUGGACAGGCCAUACCACGCAGAAGCCAGCCCUUCCCCAAAGCAGCAUUCAACACACAGGCCUGGCCCUCCUCCUCCCGACCCCCACUUGGUGCCCCAAUUGAGUGCGCACCUUUGAACAGGGCCACCAGGGGUAAGGCUUUGACCCAGACAGAAGGGCCUCGGUGUCAGGCGUUGGAAUUGCGUGAUUGCCUUCUCUUGGUCUUUAUUUCCUAUUAGAAAUAUUUCCACGUUUUUUCAUAAUUUCGAAGCAGUGCUCCGCUAGUUGUGCAGCGAUUGAGAUACCCAAGCCAGAGGAGAAGCCGUUUCUCCUGGAAGAGCCCCUGCCCUUCUUUUACCUCAAGUGUUGUAAAACUCGCUACUGCAAUUUACAGGGGCCGGCUAUCAACACAUCAUCGUUCAAAGAAUAUGCUGGGAGUGUGGGUGACAGCUGUGCUCGGCUGGGGCUGGCCGUCCUCCUGCUGCUGGUCUCCAUUGCGGCCGGCCUUAGCCUGCCUUGAGCCACGGGACUGUCAUGGACUGAGCCUUCUGAAGCAUGGACUUGCUCCAGACUAUUGUCACCUGUUGCAUUAAACUUGUUUUCUGUUGAUUACCUCUUGGUUUGACUUCCCAGGGUCUUGGGAUGGGAGAGUGGGGAUCAGGUGAAGUUGGCUCUUAACCCUCAAGGGUUCUUCAGCUCACAUUGAGAGGACGUCCAGAUCUCCUGAGUAGUGAUUUUGGUGACAGGGUUUUCUGUUUGAAAUCAAACCUUGUAACUCAUUUAUUGCUGACGGCCACUCUUUUCCUUGACUCCCCUCUGCCUCUGAGGGCUUCAGUAUUGAUGGGGAGGGAGGCCAAAGCACCACUCAUGGAGAGUAUGUGCCCAGAUGCUUCUGACCUUUCAGGUGACGCAGAAACACUGGGGGAGUCUGAAUGAUUGGGGUGAAGACAUCCCUGGAGUGAAGGACUCCUCAGCAUGGGGGACAGUGGGGCACACGUUAGGGCUGCCCCCAUUCCAGUGGUGGAGGCACUAUGGAUGGCUGCUUUUCCUCAGCCUUUCCUACCAGAUUCCAGGAGGCAGAAGAUAACUAAUUCUGUUGAAGAAACUUAGACUUCACCCACCAGCUGGCACAGAUGCACGGAUUCAUAAAUUCCCACACGUGUGUGUUCAACAUCUGAAACUUGGGCCCAGUAGAGAGCAUCAGGGUAAAUGGCCUUCAUUUCUCUAUCAAGAUGCAGCCAUCCACGGAGAGCUGAGAAAUCAGACUCAGAGUUCCACCCGAAACAAAUACAAGGGGACUUCAAAAGUUC